AUGACGACCGGAGGAGGAGACCGCGGCAGGGGCUCCGCAGUGGGAGUUCAGAUCCAGCAGCAGAACCGAAUGGCGCUCCCUGAUUUCCUCCAGAGCGUCAAUCUCAAGUAUGUGAAAUUAGGUUAUCACUACUUGAUCUCCAACCUCCUAACCCUAUUUCUAGUUCCUUUGAUCCUCGUCACGAUAAUCCAGGUCUCCCAAACCACCGACAUCCACCACCUUCGCCACCUCUGGCUCCAUCUCCAGUACAACCUAAUCACCAUCCUCACCUGCUCUGCUUUCCUCGUCUUCGGCCUCACUCUCUACGUGGUCACGCGCCCACGCUCCGUCUACCUCCUCGACUCCGCCUGCUUCCGCCCCGCCGACCACCUCAAAGCCCCCUUCCGGAGUUUCAUGGACCACUCACGCCUCACGGGAGACUUCGAGGAGUCUUCGUUGGAGUUCCAGCGCAAGAUCCUCGAACGCUCUGGUCUCGGAGAGGAGACCUACGUCCCCGAAGCCAUGCACUCUAUUCCGCCUCAGCCGUCCAUGGCCGCGGCCAGGGCGGAGGCGGAGCAAGUCAUGUUUGGUGCCUUGGAUAAUCUCUUCCAAAACACCAACGUUAAACCUAAGGAUAUUGGUAUUCUUAUUGUGAAUUGUAGCUUGUUUAACCCUACGCCCUCACUCUCUGCCAUGAUUGUUAAUAAGUACAAAUUGAGGGGGAACAUAAGGAGCUUUAAUUUGGGAGGAAUGGGGUGCAGUGCUGGGGUUAUUGCUGUUGAUCUUGCUAAGGACCUUUUGCAGGUUCAUAGGAACACUUUUGCUGUGGUUGUUAGCACUGAGAACAUUACUCAGAAUUGGUACUUUGGGAACAAGAAAUCCAUGCUCAUUCCCAAUUGCCUCUUCCGGGUCGGCUGCUCGGCGCUGCUGCUGUCCAACAAGCCGGCCGACCGGAGGCGGGCGAAGUACCGGCUUGUCCAUGUUGUAAGGACUCACCGCGGCACGGAUGACAAGGCGUUCCGGUGUGUUUACCAGGAGCAGGAUGAUGCAGGGAAGACUGGUGUUUCUUUGUCUAAGGAUUUGAUGGCAAUUGCUGGUGGAGCAUUGAAAACAAACAUCACCACCCUUGGUCCUUUGGUGCUGCCAAUUAGUGAGCAGCUUCUGUUUUUUGUGACUUUGCUGAUGAAGAAGUUGUUCAAGGCUGAUGUGAAGCCUUACAUACCGGAUUUCAAGCUUGCUUUUGAUCAUUUUUGCAUACAUGCUGGAGGCAGGGCUGUGAUUGAUGAGCUGGAGAAGAACUUGCAACUGCGUCCUGAGCAUGUGGAGGCUUCUAGGAUGACCCUGCACCGGUUUGGGAACACUUCCUCUAGCUCCAUUUGGUAUGAAUUGGCUUACAUUGAAGCCAAAGGGAGGGUGAAGAAGGGUAACAGGAUUUGGCAAAUUGCAUUUGGAAGUGGUUUCAAAUGUAACAGUGCUGUUUGGCAGGCACUGAGAAAUAUUAAGCCUUCUCCUAAUGGACCAUGGGAAGAUUGCAUUGAUAAGUAUCCUAUGGAAAUAGUCACAUAG